GACGCGGGAAACUAAUUAGCAGAUAGAGGAAAGUAUUUUUGAAGGCUGGCCGCUCGUCGUGUUUACAUACUUACAAUCUCUAAAUGAUGUGUUAUUAAUCUGGAGACACAUCUCUUGAGCAGCGGACUAUAAAGCAGUUAAAACGUGGCUACAAUGGAGGCCAAGAGCGAAGGCGGUAAAACGGAAUCUCAUAUUCGUGCAGGUCCUGUAAGUAUGAAGAAGACCAAGACUUUAAUGUCUGACUUGAAGUCCAAAUAUGCUGAUAAAUCUUGGAACGAGACCUUUCAGCUGGUCCGGAGAUGUAUGGAAAAAACUAAAGGAGAGGGCAGAGUCUGUGAGCCAAUCGCACAGUGUCUUCAGAAGAUCAACGAGGCGCUCAAUGUGUGCUCCUUGACCGCAAUGGUGUCCAGACUAGAGAUGAUUGCCAAACAAAGAGGAUUGGGGUCACACAUGAGCCCCACAGAGACGGUGUGUUACCUGACCGCAGACCUGUUUUACAUCGAGGUGGUGCUGCUGCGGGGGGGAAGAGUGGAGGAUGUGAGGGUGGCCCAUCACGGCGAAGCUCCGGUGUCCAGCCCAUCACUCCUCCAGUUGUUGAGGAUGAAGAAAUUUCAAGAGUUCUCUCUAAAGUUGGAUGAUCUUGCCUCUUUUUACAUCAUCUCGGGAGACAGUGAUGUCAAGAUUAAAAUCUACUCCUGUCUCCGGCACUUGGAAACAGAUCUCUUCAAAAUAUCCCAUUUACCAAGGUCUUUGAGAGAAAGUGACCUUCACGUUGACCUCAUCAUGAACGGCAGGAUUGGAAACGUCCAGCCAGGAAAAGAGGGAACCCCAAUGACAGUCGAGUACUACAUUAGUCCAUCAGAUGUUCUCAGCAGGUCAAGUACAGGUGAGGUCAGUGUUGGGCAGGUUGCUCUGGUAACAGCAGGAAGCAGCAGCGCCUCUCACAGGCUGCAGAGGGAAUCCCUCAUCUCUUCUCCACCUCAGGUCGACUCUUUCGGGUUUCCAGUGUUUCAGCCGCUCACUGAAUCCUGCUCCGAAUCACUCCCAGCCACCUUUCUUCUCAAACUACAGCCACCGCUGCCCAUGCUUAUUCCCUUCAUUGACAAAAUGGGCAAAAUCACAGAUGGAGUUAUAGCUGAGAAACCCCAGCAGGUGGAGCCUCUACCUCAUCUUCUGAUGAAGACCAGCGCAACACUGAACGCCAAGAUCUCCUGGACACACGGGGCUCAGUUUACUGUGCCAUUACCUGACUCCGAGUACCACAGUUAUGUGUUCCCUGGGGCCGUUUGGGGCCGAGAGUCCUGGAAAGGAGCCUUAGUUCACACCGUCCCCUUCACACACCCCGGCCACGUCCCUGCUUUACUGGAUCUCCUUCGCCAUCAGUCGGCCAUCAACGUCCUGCUGGCGAGCUGCUUCAGUGACCACAGCCAGCUCACAGACGCUGGCUUACUGUGUGACCUGAGAUGUGAGGUCCUUCCAGAAUCAGACCACUGCCUUUCUGUCACAUUCAGCCUUGAUGAUCACAUCCACCUGGCUGUUCUUCAGGUGACGGUGGUGGACUCUCAUCAGAUGAGCUGCAGACUUCUGAUGCCUGAUUUUGUGGAUCAUAAAUUGGACGACUACAUAUCCAGAGUCCUUAUGCGAUGCAUGUCCAUCCCCAUCACGAUGAGGGCCAUCCGCAGGAAGGUGGCCGGCCGCACGACUCGUCCCGAACCUGCAGCUGACCCAGAGUCCUCCGCUGCGAUGGAGAGUGAUGUCAUCAGUGGCGUGUCCCAUGAUGCCGCUGAGGACGAGAGCGAGGCGUCUCCUGCUGGCUCCUGUGUUAUGUCUGUCUCUGAUCAUGUCAAUACAGAUGCUGUUGCUGACCGUUCCCCCUGUGCUUCUCUGGGUGUGUAUUCACACUGGGUGACCAGUGGACUUCCUGCAGAGCUUCUGUAGCACGGGGAGGUUUUAUGACAGAAGAUUUAAAAAGUAUUCCUACGCUAUUUUAGACAAAUCAUUAAAAAAAAAAACUUUAAUAAAGGUGCGUUAUAUUCAAA